AUGGCUGAACACCAGGAGAGAGGAUCUGAUAGAGCACAGGCUAUAGAGGCGUACCCCAGGAAAAUACUUCAGUACAUGGAAGGUUUCCUCAUCUCUAAGACUGUGUUCACGGCCUGUGAGUUGGGAGUUUUUGACACGUUACAUGAGGCACAGCGCCCCCUGUCGGCCGCGGAGCUCUCUGCAGCACUGGGCGCUAGUUUGGAUGGGAUGGAGAGACUGUUGGCCGCGUGCACAGGGCUCGAGCUCCUUACAACACAGCAGGAAAAUGAACGAGUGCUCUACAGUAACACAGAAGAGGCCAGAGUGUACCUCACGCACUCCAGCCCAGUGUCCCUGUAUCACUCCAUUCAGUACAGCUCCAAAACGAUCUACCUGUGCUGGCACUACCUCACCGACGCCAUCAGAGAGGGAACAAACCAGUAUGAAAAGGCAUUUGGUGUCAACUCCAAAGAUCUGUUUCAGGCUCUGUACAGGUCUGAUGAGGAGAUGGUCAAGUUCAUGCAGUUAAUGAACUCCAUUUGGAACAUCUGCGGCAGAGACGUCAUCAGGGCCUUUGACCUCUCACCUUUUAAGGUCAUCUGUGACCUCGGAGGCUGCAGCGGCGCAUUAGCCAAGCACUGCACGUCCACCUACCCACAAUGCACUGUGACGAUCUUUGACCUCCCCACGGUGGUGCGUACGUCAAGGGAACACUUUGUCACCAGUGCCCACAGCAGGAUAGGUUUUCAUGAAGGUGAUUUUUUCAAAGACCCAAUCCCCAAAGCAGACCUCUACAUCUUAGCCCGAAUCCUCCAUGACUGGACUGACCAGUGCUGCGUGGAGCUUCUCUCUCGAGUGUACAAGGCCUGCAAUCCAGGCGGCGCUGUGUUGCUGGUUGAGGCCCUGCUCUUUGAAGACGGUUCAGGCCCCCUCACUGCUCAGCUCUACUCUCUGAACAUGCUGGUGCAGACUGAGGGGAGGGAGAGGACAGCUGCCCAGUACACUGCCCUGCUAACAGCCGCUGGAUUCACCUCUGUUCAGCAUCGCUUCACCGGCAAGACCUACGACACUGUCCUGGGACGCAAACAAACAUGAGACUGAUGCAUGAGGGAGGGUGCGCUGAGGGGAAUGGGCUAUUAAAUCUAUUAAGGUCAGAGAAAUACUGGUGUACUUAAAAUGUACACCAAUAAGGCAAAACAUUAUACAGUGUACUAUGUAACUGUCUAUGUUGGUAGACAGUCUCUUACUGUUUUUGCAUAGUGUUCCACAGUAGGGCUUUUCACCAACUUAUCUCCAUGGAGACAAGCUUGGCACCACAAGGCCAAGUGACAAGUCUGAUCUGAGGUGUUGCAAACCCUCUCACAGUAAGAAUGCAUGUUUUUAAGGUGCUUUUGUGCAAAUAAAUGUGAGCUAGAUUGAUUUAAUGCCAUACUGUGGAACAUUCCAGGCAAAGGAAUAACCAUGGAGACAAGCUGGCGGUGGAUCCUCUAUUAGAAUUGUUAAUAGUGCACCUUUAAUGUUUAGGGUAGGGAUUUGGUUGACAGUAAACAUAUAAGCAUCGAUGUGUGUGUGAAAUAUAAAAAUUAAGUGUAGAGCAGAGCACUUCCUUAUUCUCGGAGGAUAAAAUUCUUUAUAAAUUAGAUGCCGAUAGCACACAGUGAUUUCAUUUCUACCAUAUACAGCAUAUCUGUAAAACAAGUUUUGCUUAGCUACUAUACAUGGAAAGCCACUGGAACAGCUUGAGCCACAUAGGUGUGAAUAGCAGGCAGGUCGCCAUGAAUUACAAUGGAAGCAUAGACGGACUUGAAUGGACAAUACUACCACAAUGUCCUCAGUGUUCAUGUCUCCGGUCCCAUACUGAUGGUGCAUAAACUUAAAACUUAACAUAAACCUAUCCUGGAUUAGACAUCCAUAGACCCCUGCUUUUCUUAACUCUCUGGAUACUUCAGUUAUUCUACAAAAAUAUUGAAUACAUGUUUUGAUGACAACAACUUGUUAAUAGCAUUCACAUAUUCAAACAACACUGCACAUGCAUUGGGCUCCGGUGGACUGUCUAAGGCUCCAAUCACAAUGGGGAUUCAACUACCAACUUUCUGAUUUGAAAUCCCUUACUAUCCUCCAUCUUGUUA